CUUGCAACUCUCCAAAAAACUGACCCAAAAGAAUUUCCAAAUAUACUUCUGUUCUACGGCCAUUAACCUCAGUUUUAUCAAGAAAAAUUUUGGUGAAAGCUCAUCUGACAAUUUAAGACUAGUAGAACUUCAUUUGCCAGACGUUCCUGAACUUCCUUCAUGCUAUCACACAACAACGAAACUUCAAACUACCACCCCAUCUCAUGUCAACCCUCGAGAACUGAUUAAUUAUUGAUCCAAUACCAAGGCCUGUAGCGGAAACCCCUAUUUGGAAGCAGAAGACACUUAAGCUCAAUCUCGGUGGCAUUCUUCACGCAACUUCUCACUGACGACGUCAUACAAAAAAGUUGUACCUCAAAUCAGCAGGUACUUGUUCAAAUGGAAGGAGAAGAAGAGCACAAUGUUGAGCGAGUUUCAUCAAUAGAUUCUAUACCUGAAAGUGGAGAGGCUACCGGAGAAAGUUCAGCCAAGCGAAUUAGGAAGCAAACAUCAAUUGCUUGGGAUGGUUUUGAUACUAUAGCAAUGACUGCUGAUGGAAGGAAAAAAGUAAAGUGUAAAUGGUGUGCACAAACAUAUUUAUUAAAAGGUAAUUCUGGAACAUCUAAUAUGCUCAAGCAUUUUGAAUCUUGCAAGUGGAGAGAGUUGAAGAAUACAAGCUUUGGGGCUCCUUUGGAUCAAAGGAUACAAUGGUGGGGUUGAAGAAUACAAGCAUUUUUCUUUCUGUUCGCAUUUAACAAAUAACAAGUAUUUAGCAUAAGAGACUUUCUUCAUUUGUAUGAGAUGCACGUGGAACUUUGUUGUCAUUUCAUCAAAAAAGGUAGCAUUUGCUGGUUACCCAUGCUAUUCAAGCACUGCAUUGAUGUGUUUCAGUGGAUCAAUCCUGACCGGUGUUCUUGCAAUAUUUACUGAGAGGGAAUUGUCUUCAUGGAUGAUUGGAUGGGAUUGUAGACUCCUAGUUGUUGCUUAUUUGGGAAUUGUCAGUUGUGGGCUAUGUGUGGCUACAGUUUUCUGGAGCUCAAUGAUGAAAGGCCCUUUGUUCGUGUCUUCUUUCACUCAUUUGGGACUAGUAUUCACUGCCCUUGCUGGAUCCCUCUUUCUAAAAGAGGAGCUGUGUUUGGGAAGCUUGAUAGGAUCCAUUAUCAUCACAAUAGGCCUUUGCCUUGUGAUCUGGGGAAAAGGCAAGGAGGCAACUACAUCUCAAGAUGGAGAAACUGGAAGCAGGAGGGAUGAAGUAACUGAUGGUAGCGAGGCUAGAAUAUACCAAAAUGAUUUUUUCUUCGGGGCACAUUGUGUGGUUAUACUUGGGCUGGUCUGCUACAAGGAUGCCAUGCCUUAGUUUUGGAGGAGAAGAAUUAAUGGUGAGAAGUCCCACUUUGGGAAGAGCACUUUUUCGGCUAAUUACUUAGAAUAUAGGUAGAAAAAAAAAAGUCAGACACUUAUUGGUCAGACACAUGCUGGGUAUAAAUCUAUUGUUGCCGGGCUGACACAGCCCGGCACCUGACACCAAAUUUUUUUUAAAAAAAAAAGAUGUCAGGUGCCGGGCUGACAUAGCCCGUCACCUGACCGAAUUUUUUUUAAAAAACAUGGCAGGUGCCGGGCCCAAAUUUUUGAGCUUUUUAAAAAAGCUGGCAGAGCUACAGAAUUCCUGCCUGAGUCAGAUCUUGUGACAACUAUUAUGGAAUUUUUUUUUUUUUGCUAAUUAGAAAAAAACUAGGAUCUGGCGAAGUAAUGGAGAAAUGUUCUGAUUAGUUAGCGGUAAAAAAUUGCAAAGAAUAUAAGGCAUCUCGUCCAGAUAGUUUAAUUACCCUUUGAUCUUUACAAACCAUUACAUGGCAUGUCUUGGAAAGUGGAAGCUGCCGCUGAGUUCACUUACCUGUGCUUUCCCCAAUGGUUUGAAAAUCAGCAUCAAGAAUUGGGGGAGAUGUAAUUGAAGAACAUUAGUGGUGGCUAAACGCAGUAUCUCAACUUUGAGUGGAUAAAUAAAGCAGAUUCCUAUUUAAUUUCUAGGUGUUUUAUUGGAGUCAAAUUUGGGAUUGUUCUCUUAUUUGGUUAGUGUUGCUUUAUUAGCUAAUUUCUGGUUUACCAAGUAUUUUAUAAUUGAUGUAUUAUUUGGACCAAAUAUUAAGGAAAGACCACUUUUGCAA